CGCGCGUAUUCUGAAAGAGGUUCCGUAAGUGGUAUUAGGAUGUGUUCUUUGGAAUUGUUUCCCGACCCUCCACCUUAUGGAGAUGCAACUCUUUUGGAAUUUAACAAUAAAAUGGUUCCUGGCUUGUGUUUCGAAAGCCCUCCCAAAUCCUUUCAAACAGAGGUACAAAAUUCUCCAACUCUUAGGUUUGGUGCAUCUCCCAGAGCUUUUUAUCCCUCUGGAUGCAGUGAAAGCUCCAGGUAGGAUGGAGCUGAGCAGUAAAGGAGCUUUUAUUCAUCACAGAGAAGCAGUCUGGAAGCGGUGUUUGAAUGCUUGGCACAAUAUGGGACUUGCUGGCUUCCUGGAGGAGAUGUCAAACUCUGAAGAAGAGGUGCCUCCCUGGUUGGGUCGAUUAGCCUGCUGCUCUCUCGCUGUAUGUCGUUGGCUUUCCUCUUUUCAUGGGUCUCUAUUCUCACAUCUUAGGAUGAAGAGUGAGGAUCUCACAGCAGAAUUUUCACAGGCCCUCAACUGGGCCAACUGUUCACUUCGUGCUUUUGCUUGGCAUCCCCACACCAGCAAGUUUGCUCUGGCUUUUCUAGAUGACUCUAUCCGGGUGUACACAACUGGGAGCUCAACAGUGCCGACUUUGAAGCAUCGCUUACAGAAAGAUGUAGCAUGCAUGGCAUGGAAACCCCUCUGUGCUUCUAUCCUGGCUGUUGCAUGUCAGAGCUGUGUUCUGGUAUGGCACGUCGACCCUACUUCCCUAUCAACCAGACCAUCUUCUGGCUGUGCUCAGAUCUUGUCAUAUCCAAGUCACAGUCCUGUCACCAAUGUGUGUUGGUCUCCUAAGGGUGGUGCGCUGCUCUCUGCCUCUCCUGUAGAUACCACAAUGCUGGUUUGGGAUGUAGCUACAGAAAGCUGUGUACCAUUGCAAAGAGUUGGAGGAGGGGGAGUUACUUUCCUGUCUUGGUCUCCAGAUGGUAGCAAAGUUCUAGCAGCUACUCCGUCCCCUAUCUUUAGGGUGUGGGAGACACAGAUGUGGACAUGUGAGCGUUGGCCAACACUGAAGGGACGCUGCCAGGCCGCUUGCUGGAGUCCAGAUGGAAGUCGUCUCCUGUUUGCCGUCAAGGAGGAAUUUGUCAUCUAUAGUUUAUCUUUUUCAGUCUCUGAAGGAGAGACAAAGGGCUAUGUUGGAGGAAGUCAAAGUGCCACUGUGGUUGCUGAUGUGUCUGAAGUAGUACGUGACACUGAGUGGGGAGAAGUCAGAAUUGGUGGUGAGAUACAGUCUAUGGCCUGGGACCCAAGUGGGGACAGACUUGCGGUGCUGUUAAGAGGGAAUCCAGAGUACGAGACAAGCCGACCGAUCAUUGUAGUUUACAGGACUCGGAAUAGUCCCCUCUUUGAGCUUCUGCCCUGUUGCUAUGUUCAGGGUAAAGAGGGAGAAAUACCACAACUUAUGCAGUUUCAUCCAUCCUUUAAGAAGGGGGCAUUGCUGACUGUGCUAUGGAAUUCAGGCCGUCUCACUCAUGUCCCUUUUUACUUUGUCAAUGCACAAUUCCCACGCUUCAGCCCAGAGAGAAAUGCUGUUAUUUCAGGAAAUGGCAGUAACACAACUUCAACACGGACUCUUUUUACAGAGAUGUGAUUUACCUGAGAGAAAACGCAAUUUCUUAGAACAUUAAAAAAUCUUUAGACAAGGUGUUAAAGCUUUUUCUUAAACCUUUAAAAUAAGACACCAUUCAACACUAAAGCAAGAAUAUACCCUCAAAACAGAAGAAUGAGAGAAAUUAAAUAUAUUCUUUGUGGUAAGUGCUUAAGUUUAGGGAUCUACAUAAAGAAAUAUUUAUUACCACCUCAAGAUCUAGAAAACUGUGCAUAAAAAUCUGGAUAUUCAUCUUUACAAAAUAUGUUACAUAAAUGGGAACACCAAAAAGACACAAAUAUUAAUGGACUGUACAAGAUACAAGCAGCUUUCCUUUUCCUGUGUCCCUUAAAGUACCUGGAACUAAUCAUUACAACACGCGUAUAUCUUGAUUGCUGCUAAAAUAAUAAAAAACAGCCUUUUCACUUAGUAUUUGUUCAGUCUUUAUACAAAAUGUGUUAAUUUGUUAAUUUAAUUAAUAAAAUCUUAGAGCAAAAAUA